AUGUAUUUUAUCAGGAAGCAGCCUGUAUCCAAAGAAAAGGAGAGGCGUCACCAUGUGAAACACUCGUUGAUGCUCUCUGUCACUGGAUCCUCUGGAGACCCAAACAUCUCAGAGUUUACAGGUGUUGUAUUGGUUGAUGGCACUGAGGCUGUUUUCUGUGACAGCAGGAGCAAGAAAUUAGAACCUAGACAGGAGUGGAUGAAAAAAAUAUUCAGUAAUGACUCUCAGCACUUGGCAUCGUACAUGCAACAGUGUUUUGAAGAUCAGCCAGACAUCUUCAGAUUCUUGAUUUCUACUUUAAAGCAGCUGUUCAAUCAAAUAGAAGGUGUUCACAUAUUACAGAGAACAGGUGGAUGUGAAUGGAAUGAAAACACUGAUGAAGUGGUUGGUAUGGUACAGUAUGGGUAUAAUGGAGAAGGCUUUCUUGAACUGGAUCUUAAGACACUGACAUGGAUCCCACUGAAACCAGAAGCUGCCAUUAUCAAACAGGAAUGGGAUACUGACAGAGCUGUAAUAAAAGAAAUUGAAAGCCUCCUCACUAAGUUUUGCCCAGAGUGGCUGAAGAGGUAUUUGAACUAUGGGAGCAGCUUCCUGCAGAGAACAGUUCUUCCUUCAGUGUCUCUCCUCCAGAAGACUCCCUCCUCUCCAGUCAGCUGCCACGCUACAGGUUUCUAUCCUGACAGAGUCAUGAUGUUCUGGAGGAAAGAUGGAGAAGAGAUUCAUGAAGGUGUGGACCACAGAGAGAUCCUCCCCAACAAUGAUGAGACCUUCCAGAUAACUGUUAAUCUGAAUGUUUCAUCAGUCAGACCAGAAGACUGGAAAAAAUACGACUGUGUGUUUCAUCUCUCUGGUGUUGAGAACAACAUCGUAACCAAAUUGGAUAAAACAGUGAUCAGAACUAAUUGGCAUGAAAACAACAGGAUGGAACUCCUCUCCAUCAUUGUUGUUGUUCCUGUUCUCAUCACCGUUGCUGCUGUUGGAUUUGUUGUUUACAAAAAGAAGAAAGUCUUCAAAUCCUGA